CAACGUGGGUGACGCGAAAAUGUGAAGUUGUUUUGAAGCUGUGUGGAUUUAGCGGUAUGGGGCCAUGGUCGUUCUAUUGAAGACGAAAGAGAAAAGGAACUGAGAAUAACAGAGGAACGUGUGUUACCAUGAUGCCCGGGGACAGUCUGUCUAAAACGGUGGCCAUAGCUGCGGACGCGAAGUUGGGAAACUGUCAGAACUGCUCAGUUCUGCAUCAGAGCCUGACCGAGUAUGUGUCCUCCUUCCUGGCACUGAAGCAGAAGAUAACUGUCUCAGAUGACUCUAUCAGACUCCAACAACAGCUGGAGGAGCUGCAGAUCAGAUUGGUUACACUGGAGAAAAAGACUGUUGAUUAUGAAUCUAUGCAAGCUGAGCUGGAAGAAAAGAAGCGUGCUCUUGUGGCCUAUGGACAGAUUUCUGAAGAGAUGGAAAAACUGAAGCAGGAAAACAGCAAAACAGUAGCAGAAAACAAGAAGCUUGAAGAGCAGCUAAAGGAAGAGAAAGAACUGACAGAAACACAGUCACUUGAGAAUGCACAGCUGAAGAGGGGAAAGGCCGAAGUAGAAAAUGAUCUAUUAAAAACACAGACGUCUUUGAAGAAAUCUCAGGCGCGAGCAGAUCAAGUUGAAAAUCUGACAGAGGAGAAUAUCAAGAUAACAAGCAUAAAGGAUAACCUUGAAAAUAACGUUAAACUGCUUGAAGACUCAGUUUGCAAACAGAAUCAUCAAAUAUCCCAACUCACCAAAAAGAAGAUCCUGCUGGAGACAAAUAUUGAUGAUCUCCAGGCGAGACUGUUGAAACUGGAAAGAGAAAGGAGUAAAGACUAUAGGAGCACAUCAACACAAGCAAAUCCCCCAGAGGAGCAUAAAGUUGACAAAGAAAAAGUCCUGAUGCUGCUCGAAAAUUUGUGGGCAUGUGUGGAACCUCAACAGCAGCACUCACAAAAUCAGUUGCACUUAACUGGUGACACAUCAUUAAAGUCCUGCUUCAACUCCAAGCAGGUUGGACCCUCGACUCCACAACGCAGGGUGAACUCUCAUCCGAGUUUCAUGUCUCAGUCCACCUCUGACAACAACGUGGGAUCUCACUGUCACACAAUGCAGACAAAACCCUCCUACACACAGUUAAAAGCUUCUCCUCAGGCACAGAAAACCAUCAAGCACCAAGUGUCUCCUCAGCGCUCGAGUGGCAAGAAGCAAAGAGACUCUCCCAAAAAGAGCAAGCGAUUGUCCAAGGGAAACAAAACUGAGGAGUCUUCUUCGGACAAAGGCAGCUCCAGAGUUUCUGUUGAGGAGAUCAUGGAGAUGUUAAAACCGAUGCCUAGCUGCCUAUCACCAAUAUUAGACAUGGAUAAAGAGAUGGAGUCUAUGGAGACGGAUGACGGAGAAAAGGGAAACCAUCCCAGACCCUCUGAUGACUCUGCCGCUCUACAACAAGAGGCGUCCAUACUCACAACAUCAGUGUCCGGCCACUGUCCCAACCUUUGUGCACCACCAGAGGAAGAGGCCGUGGACUUGCCAGUUGUCACAGAACCUGAAGUGGAACACAUUUCGGAUGAAAGUGACUGCAAAGACUUGGGGCAGAAUGAGUUGAACAGUGUCACGGAAAUGGAGGAUAAAAGCAGUGCAGACGGUGAAGAAAUGGAUCUUCAGAAAGAAGAGCAGACUGAGCAGGAAGCAGCCACUGUGCCGACGCAGUCAACGUUGUCACCUUCUUUUUCUGCCACACCAGACGAUACAGUACUGGUUGAGGUUGUCUCGUCAGCAAGUGAAAAUCAACAACCAUCCUGCAGCAGAAAUCCCUGUCACAACUUUACCACUGACAUCAGCGAAACUGAAACUGCUCCAGAAAAGGCAAAGGAGGAUCAGUCAGAGACUAUUACAAUAAUGGAUGUAGAUGUAGACCUUAGUGAUGGUACCGGAGCCAAAACUGUCGCUGCUGAAGCUGAAGAGUCACCCAGAGGAACAGAUAACACUGUAGUUCCUGGAGAUUUGCAGCAGGGUGCUUCCUCAACAUUUACCGACUUCGUGAAAGACUCUGAGGUUUCAAACACAGAAAAUCUCUUAGAUGUUGAGAAAAGUCACGAAGACUCUUGUCUUUUGACACAGAGCCGUCAGGAGGCCUCUGGGGUAAAGCCCCAGGAGAUCCAAUCUUCCCCUGGCAAACACACAAGCGUGCCAGAAGAUGAUAACAUUUGUACGUCAGGCAGCAGUAACAGCUUCAGUAGUGUCUCAAAUGAAAUAGUUAAAGAGGGGCUUGAAAACAAUGGACCCAUUAAACAUAUUGAGGUAGAAAAUAAUAAUGACGAACAAAAAAUCGAAAGAGUUGAUACAAUUCUUCAUUCUUCCCCAGAGUCACACGGCAGCACUAGAUGUCAAUCACCUCAAGUAUGUUCACGGUUAAAGAUGGAGGAUGCAGACGAGGUUCAAACUGGCCAGAAUUCUGACCAAGUAAAUGUUGAAACUCCAGAAGAGAACCUUGAAAUAGAGACAUUGAACAAAGAAAUAACGUCUGAUCAUGAAUCUUCCCUUUCUGUUUCCCAAGAGACGUUGAGUGUUGACUGUGAGUCUUUAAAAGAAAACACACAUUCUCUGUGCAGGCAGUUGAGUCCCACGUGUCUGAUACCCACUGUAAAACUGAAGGUUUUGCAAACUCACUCAAACAUUGAAAAGUUGACUGUGGAUGAUGAGCACGUUUCAACAAACAACACAGCUGUUCCUGAUCCGGAGGAGAAAGGUGUGAUUGAAACUGCUGCCGUCAAAGACGUCUCUCGGGACAGAAUCGUCACACGGAGCACCGCCUCAUUAAUUCAGAGAGCGGCUGCCACGAAUAGGCAGAACAACGGUUUGGAGCAACAAAGUGACCCGGCAGCAGCUUCAUCUACAUCUACAGAUCAACCACAGCAAGGCUUGGGUGAAGUUCGCUCUGAGAUGGGCCCCCCACUUCCUCCUCUCCUAACCCCUCUGAGCACACCCACAAAAGCAGGUAAAUCCAUCAGUCCGCGGCAGGCUAUUGGGAAACUCUCAUUUCCCUCACCCAUGGAUAGGCUGGCUUCUCCUAUCACCCCUGUUCUGAGCCACAGGACACCCAACAGUCGCCAUCUAAGGUCUUCAACCUCAAACAGUCCCCUCCCUUCAAAUGAAGUCCCCUCAUCGCCGCUUCAGUUCGGCUCUGCCACGCCCAAACACGCCGUGCCGGUACCGGGUCGCCUGCCGAUAAAAGCCAUGAAUUCCUCGCCUUCCUCCUCCAGUCCGUCUCAGGAAAACUCCAUUAGAUUUCUCGACACCAUGUAUCCAGAGAUGUCGCCCCGCGCCAGAACUCUGAGCAUCCUCAGAGGGAACGUUAAUCUCAGCAUUUGUUCAUCGGAGAACGGGACGUUACCCAAGACAUCUGAAAAUCAGAUGUCCGGCUUUAAGACCAUCAACUCCACCUCGACGGCCUUCACCAAGGCUGAGAUGAGAGGGGAAAAAAGACAGGCCACCAGUUUGCUUGAGCCCAAAAACAGCAAAUGGUGCAGGCUUGAUAGCCACUCUCCCACCACCAGCCGUAUGCAGGUGCCUUCUUGCUCAUCAAACAGUGGAGAAGAGAGCGCCUCACCCCAGAGGUUGAAGCUUGAACAGCUCAAAAAUCCAUCUCAGUCGACGGACAGUGGAGAACCUGCAGAGCAAAAUCUGGCUGAUGUUUUAAAGAAAAUUGAAAAGCAGUGUUUUGAUGUAUUGCCUGUGAUACAGAGCCAUAUCCACGUUGGUAACCUCCCCAAAAAACCUGUCUUGAGGGAUGAAGAGAAGGAGGUCAUCUCUGAGAUUUGCCACAGCAGCUUGCUCAAGGCGGAUGAUGUGAUUUCAGCCAUCCUGCACAAACUGAAAACUGAGAAGAAGGACCUCAGCACAAACUACAUGCAGGCUCUCUGUAGAGUCUACACAGGCAUCUGUAGGCAGAAGAGAGACUGGGAGAAGGCUCACAUCCUGGCGUACAGCAUUCUCACAGAAGAUUUCCCAGAUUCUGCCAAGCUGAUUUUGUUUAUGGUGACGACGUGGCCCAGUCUUCUCUCACACAGCAGCUGUUUGUGCCGGGCCAUACACACUGUCACCAAACUGAAAGCACCACAAGAGAUUCUCGGCUCACUUUCAGCAUUCCUCGGCUGGGAAAAGAAUCCUCCCUGUGAAAUCGACCAGCUGAUCUCCAGAGUGCUGUCUGAUAUCCGUUCAGGGUCAGAUGUGUCUUUCACCAAACACAGUCGGUACGGGUGGGACCUGGGGACUCAGGCGUGGGAACAUGUCUUCACACUGCACCUUCUCUGUACUCACAAGAAGUGGAAGUGGACCUAUGGAAAUUUAUUAGGUAAAGAGUUGUGGCCUUUAAUGAACACAUGGGUGACGCAGCCCAGAGAUCAACAAGCACCUGUUUCUGAUCUAACUGUCGCCACUGUGCUCCGACUCAUAGGAUGCCUCUGUCAGCUGGGAAUGAAAGAGAGGUGUGUGUCCUCUGUGGUAACUGUCGCCAAUGUCAUCAACACGUUUGGUCGACAUGGACAGAACGAAGGUGUGCCUUGGGAGGUCCAGCUAGCAGCCGUGUACUGCAUGUACGAACUGUCGCCCUGCAACCCAAAACAAGCCCUGGACGCUCUCGCAGAGUGGAGAGGAGAGACGACUCAGAACGCCCCCCCUGCUGUCACUAGCUACAUUAACCAGUUGGCCUCCAUCUGCAGACAGUCAAGAGCUGAGAGAGACACGUGUUAGAGAAAGUAAUGUGGACAUGCAUUCAUUUUAAAGACAGGAGAAUGAAGACGCCACCAUACUUCCAUCUAUUAAUUUUAACUCACUGACUGGCUGCCUCUGAUGGAGGUGUUUGGAUCGAUGAACAGUCACAAAUGGGUUUUGUGCCAUCUUAUAUUCAAAGACUUCUUAAACAUAUUCUGUUUUUGUCUUUUAUGUACACUUCUGCACGUGUAGAGUAACUGCUCCAAUUUUGUAGUAAAUGUUUCCUCCAUUUUUAAUGACACACAUAGAAUUUGGUUUUCUAUUCUUUUAGCUGUCCACACUCUGUUUCAUAUGAAUUCCUCCCUGUCUAUUAUACUCAGGUAAUGCUCUGAAAAUAUUGUAAAAUGUGUACAUUUGUAUUCUGACUCAACUGGGUGCUACUGUAAAUGUUUCUUCGUUAAUUUUUGUGUAAAUAUAAGGUGCUUUGUACUAAUGAAAAUAUGAAAUGUUUUGUACAGUUGAAAGAUUCAGAGGUUAUUUAAGUCUUUUUUUCUUUUUUUUUCAAAUUAAAAUUUCCAUUUAUUGAGACAAAACAA